AUGCGUCCGACUUCGACUCUUGGCAUCUACACCUCUCGAUUCAGUGAGACUCCGGGAAAAAUUGCAAGACAAAGAAAAAAGGAACCCUCGUCCGCAACACAAGACGACAUUGGGAAAAGAAGGACGGGAAACCCCGCCAUGACUGCGCUGGGAUCCGUCGCGGUGCCAGACGAGCCGUGCAGCCACCAACAUCAGACGUCUGCGCCUGCAACUCGGGACUCGUCUCUCGACGGAACCGCCUCCGAAAGCUACAUCAGCUCUCGCUCCGAAGUCUCUCAGUCGGGCUGUGAGGAGAGUACCGUCAACGGAGGCUCGAGACGCCUCGUGCCGGCCAGCUACGCGUCACCAACGAGGGGCAGCGGCGCCGGCGCCAACAGCCCGCGAUGGUACAGAGCCGUCAGGAAUUGGCUGUCUGUCAGCGAACCGUCGGCAUGUGCCCUGAAGCAGCAGCGCGUGGCUGCGUACCAGCACCAUGGCAUCCAUCUGGACGACCCUGAUGCCGCGGCCAAGAUGCACCUCCCGAGGGGCAAAGUCCCGGACGGCGUGACGACGUCGACCGCGGGCCCUGACCCUGAGAAGGCUUUGCGCGAGAGGGGCAUGCGGGAUUCGCCAUCGCCCACCCGGCGGUAUCUACGGCGCGGAGUGUCGUCUGGAUCGACGUCAAGCCUCGGGGAUGCGAGCAUGAUUGCGCCGUGGGUGGUGUGA